UACGCACGCACUUUAGCGCAACCGGGUUAGAGUGGAUUGCUUUAUUUUUUUCCUUCUUGCAUACUAGAGCCAUUAGUAAUUCGGCUACUUGAAUCAUUCGAUUCACAAUAUCAAAAGACUCCACCGGGGUACAUUCAGGAGGAAUACAAAAUCGUUUUUCUGGAUAUUCUUAUAUUUUAAAAAAAUAUAUCUGUCCCCAAAUACAACAGAUCUAUACUCCAAUGUGCGACCUCAGCAUGGAUCAGGUGGCCCCCCUGUCUGGAUAUCGUAGCAGUCUGAAACGUCAGAUCGCCUUCGAUUCAUUUGAAGACCCCAUGUCUUUAUUCUGUGGAUAUUAUUUCCCAUCAGAUGAUGACCAGUCUGUCCAAGAGGUGCCUUCGGGCUUGGACUUCGUCCCACAUGACCUGGGUUCCUGUACCUUGCCCCUCCUGACGCCCUGCAGCAAGGCUGUGAUGAGCCAGGCGCUGAACGAGAGCUUCAGUGGCUUCGCCAAAGUGCAGCGCGGUUGUGGCAUUUCGAGCAAUCCUAGGUCCUGGACCAAGGCCCACGUGAUUCAGUGGCUUCAGUGGGCAGUGAGUGAGUUCAGUCUGGUGAAUGUCAACUUUUCCAAGUUUGACCUGGACGGACAGAUGCUCUGUGACCUGGGGAAGGAGCGCUUCCUUGAGCUGGCGCCAGACUUUGUCGGCGACAUCCUGUGGGAGCACCUGGAGCAGAUGAUGAAAGAUUGUCAGGAAAAGGAAGAUGCCCAGAACCUCAGUGGUACCGUACCUUCGGGUGCCAGCUGGAUGAACAGCCCCACCACCAGCUUCAGCUUGGAGGACGCUCAGCUGGCUCCGCAAGUCCCCAGCGGCAGCAACCUUCUCCAGGAGCUUUUUGAGAGCAGCGACAAGCCGCCGCUCCUGACUGCACAGCCUCGCUUCCCCGUCUUCUCUAAGCCCCAGCUGCACACUGUGAAUGUCAGCUAUGGCACAGCCAGGCAGGACUACUCCCGUAACAGCUCGUCCACCAGUCUUGGCUCCUCCCACGAGCAGACCUCCAUGGAGAGCACAGAGAGCCUGGAUGACACCAAGUUUGUGCUGCGUUCCUGGAGCAGCCAGUCAUCUCUGGCUGACACUCAGCAGGUCCCCUCCCAUGACAGCUUCGACGAGGAGCUGAAUGCGGGAGUGCUGAGCCUGGGACGCCAGGGUCUGUCGUUCAAGGACUACGUGCAGGAGAGGAAUGAGCCGCUGAAGAUGGGAAACCCUGUCAUUCCGGCUGCCAUGCUGGCGGGCUUCACAGGAAGUGGUCCGAUCCAGCUGUGGCAAUUCCUCCUGGAGCUUCUGACCGACAAAACAUGCCAGUCUAUAAUCCGAUGGACUGGAGAUGACUGGGAAUUCAAGCUUAUGGACCCCGAUGAGGUGGCUCGGCGCUGGGGUCGUAGGAAGAACAAGCCCAAGAUGAACUAUGAGAAACUGAGCCGGGGCCUGCGCUACUACUACGACAAGAACAUCAUCCACAAGACGUCGGGCAAGCGUUACGUCUACCGCUUCGUCUGCGACCUCCAAAACCUACUCGGCUACUCGUCGGAGGAACUGCACGUCAUGCUGGGUGUCCAGCCUGACACCGAGGACUGAGUUUCUCGCCAUCAUCCCGCCGGGGACAGCUGACAUGCUACGGGACUCCCUCGGGAUAGAUUGCUACAGUUUUGAGGCCUCGAUCGAGGCGUCUCUUUGAAUGUGCAGGUGUCACACUACGCCGUGGAGGCCGCUGCCUCCGUGGGGAUGGAUGCUACAGUGUCUUUCUUCGUCUUUGACUGUAGAGAGUCGAUGCUGGGCAGGGCGACUGUUUUCCCCUUUAAUUAUGACUAAUGUAACUGCAGCUCUCUUUGCCGCACGGGCCUGGUGCCCGGCGUCGGACACUGCUUCCUGCCGUGCACCUCCUUCGAGAUGCCAGUUCUGAAAUGUGCUCGUGCAGAUUAAUCCGAACCGGAUCCUGUACCUUUCCAGGAAGAAGGAGCCCAGUUACUCCCGGGUGAUAAAAGUGGGUAAUGUUAGAAAGGCAUACGCUCUGUAUUUAACUCUUUAGUAUUUAGUAAGUGCCAUUUCUCCAAAGGAUGUUAAGCCACUCAGAACUUAAGACUUAUCCAGCAAGUUGUGUAGACAAACUACAUUUUCUCUGUUGUCUUGGUUUCUUGCUGUUUGCAAGUGGAAUGUCAAGCGCACCAAGAUAUGUGUACUUUCAAACAAUUUUGCUUAAAUAAGGAAGAUUUUUUUAAACUUUGCAGAAAUCUACAUCGCUCUUUUGUGUAAUGUGCUUAAUGCUGCAUCGCUAAUCUGGUUUGAAUCUCGUAAAACUAUCGCAUGUCAGCGUUGAUGUACGACACGCUGUGGUCCACGCAGGCAACACUGUGUUUAAGGGAAAUUUAUUUUGUUUAAAGUAUGUAUUUUAUCAUAUUUAACUAAUAAGUAUUAUUUCUUGGGAAUUCAGAAAACUAUUUUUAUUCAUUGGGUGUUUAUGUAAUAUACAGCGAUUGUUAUUUAUUUACACUGCAUGUGUUUUUUUUCCCAGAAUGCAUUAUGUACAGAGAAUAUUGCCUCUCGUCUUUCUGUGGCCAAAGCAAAACAUGGAUGUGUGUUUUAUAUGUGAUUGUGUGUUUUAUUGCACAUUUUGUAUCAUGUUACUGAGGUCCUUGUGCUUGUCAGGAAUGUAAACAGGCUGUAAGUAUAUAAUCUCAAUAAUGCUCACUGAAUAUUUAAUGAGUACUUUUAAAACGUUCAAAGCCAUUUUUGCCUCAGGAGGUUCGGCAUUUUCAAAAGCAUUUUUUUUUUCAAAUGUGCAUUAUUUAAUUCUGUUGUGGGAAGACUACAUUGUACUGGGCAGCUGUAAACCGUUAAUCUCUUUAUCCCGUAUGGAUCGAAUUUUCCAAAAGGCCCUUUGUGAUGUGAGUAAACUAUUAAUCAAAUGUAAACCAAAAAAAGUCACAUUGUGAAUUCCUGGAAGGGAAUUUUUAUAAAAGGGCUCAGACACAUAAGAAGCCAUUUCCAUGUCACAACACACAACGUGACAGCAAAUUAAAAAUAAACUGGUUCAUUUUCAUAAAGUAAUCUGUUUGUGCGAGGAGUAUUGUGAUUCUAAUGGGUGAUGGGAUCUGUACAAAAUACACAGUAUAUUUUUAAACAUUUGAUGGCAAUGGUCUUUAAUAGGAUCAUCUUAACAAAAGAAAAUGUAUUUGGGUGAAAAUACUCCUCCAGUAAUAUUAUAAACAAACUUCCUGUAAUGUCAAUAGGACUGGCUGCUCCCAGUAACUGCAUCGAGCUACUGCUUUGAAAUAAACGUUUAUUUUUUUGUA